UCAUCCAGCGACGACAAAUGGGAGUCGCAAUAACACCACCUAUCGGCGUUAUCAUCACUGGUGACUCCACACCCGAACCAGUAACCGAAAACUGGUUCCUGUGAAGACGAUGGCCUGCGGGCUUCUGACUUGGACUGCACUUCCUCUUCGCUCUCACUCUUUCCCUUCCCUUUCCUUCUCUCUCUCUUCUUCCCUGCGCACGCAAUUAUCAAUCUCUGCCGCCCUCGAAACUGCCGCUGAUGAUGUCCUGCAGCUGUCGGCACGGGAGAGGAGGAGGCUGAGGAACGAAAGGAGAGAGACGAAAACCACUAAUUGGAGGGAAGAGGUGGAAGAGAGGCUCUGCAAGAAGCCGAAGAAGGAAUUUGCCAAUUGGACUGAGAAGCUCAAUCUCGAUUACCUUGCUAAAUUAGGUCCUCAAUGGUGGGUUAUGCGGGUCUCUCGUGUUAGAGGCCAAGAAAUUGUCGAACGCCUCGCUCGUUCUCUUGCUAGGAACUAUCCUGACCUCGAUUUCAAGAUAUAUUACCCGUCUGUCCAUGAGAAGAGGAAAUUAAAGAAUGGUUCUUACACGGUUAAACCGAAAGCUGUUUUUCCUGGAUCUGUAUUUAUAAGGUGUAUCAUGAACAAGGAGAUGCAUGACUUCAUUAGAGAGUGUGAUGGAGUUGGAGGCUUUGUUGGUGCGAAGGUCGGAAACACGAAACGACAGAUAAACAAACCAAAGCCAGUAUCUCAAGACGACAUGGAAGCAAUUUUUAAAGAGGCAAAGGAACAGCAAGAAAGACAUGACCAGGCUUUUCUAGAGAAAGAGAAAGAGCAAGCUCCGAACCCCAGCGUGCUCGAGACUGACUUAGAUACUAACGGUACUACUGCCACAAAGCACAAAGGAAGACCUAAAAAAGCUGUUAAUACUUUAUCUCCGGGGUCAACCGUUCGGGUCGCAUCCGGGACUUUUGCAGAAUUCGAAGGCUCUCUUAAGAAAGUGAACCGUAAGAGUGGAAAGGUAACUGUGGGAUUCACACUAUUUGGGAAGGAAACCCUUGUAGAGCUUGACAUUGGUGAUAUUAAAGUCGAGACGAAAUGAGUGAAUGUACUUUCUCGUCGAUGGUAAGUUUUCGAAAUCACAAGGCACCAUUUAUCUUAUCAACUCGAGCUGUAUCAUAGGUUUUUUUCUUCAACUUUGAUGGAAAGUUCAGUGCCCCUUGGUAUAAUCAGUCAAAAAACCACACCCGUUUCCUGUUCCAUGAAGUACCAAGUGGUAAACAGAGAAGCUAUCUAACCAUUAGCCUUAAUCAAUUCAUAAUUUUCUAAGAACUUGCAA